GUGUUUUGUUUGCUAAUUACUGAUCUUCUGCCGGCUUUGAGACGUCGACCAGUGAUUCUCGUGAACGGUAUGACCAGUCGAGUGGAUCAUUAUGCUGACAUUCGGGAUUAUCUCAAGCAACGAGGAUAUCGCGACGAAGAACUUUAUGGUACAACUUUUGGCAGUGCCGGUAAUGUGAGCAUGUUUUCGGUCACAAUGGAGUGCGAUUUCUCCAGAAGAAUUCGCGAACUUAUUGUUGCAGUGAACUCAUUCACCAACUCAAAAGUGGAUAUUUUGGCGUUCUCAAUGGGAUCACCUGUUGCACGAAAGGCCAUUUUGGGAGGGAUUUGUGUGGAUACUGGCGAAGAACUUGGCGCUCCGCUGACGUCUCAUGUGGACACAUUCGUCAGUGUUGCUGGACCAAACCAUGGCUCAUUUCUAUGCGUCUUCUCGUUUAUCCGAUCGUGCAACGCUCUCAAUGGACUGAUUUGUUCGUCGACGUAUUUGGCUGAUAUCAAUUCAGUGAAACGGUACGAAGGAUCGCGUAUAUUCACCAUAUAUUCCAAGGAUGAUGAGUUUGCUGGGUACGAGGUUUGCGGGCGAUUGACAACCCCAAUCGACGGACAAGAUCAGGGUUAUGAGGUUGGUGAGAUUUUGGUACAAGUGGAAAAAUAUUGGGCUCAACGAUGA